AUGGAAGCUAUCAAGAAAAAGAUGCAGAUGUUGAAGUUAGACAAGGAGAAUGCCAUUGACAGAGCAGAGCAGGCUGAAACAGAUAAGAAGGCAGCUGAGGACAAAUGCAAACAGGUAGAGGAUGAGCUGGUAGCUCUGCAGAAAAAGUUGAAAGGAACUGAAGAUGAGCUGGAUAAGUACUCGGAGGCUCUCAAAGAUGCCCAGGAGAAACUGGAGCAGGCUGAAAAGAAGGCGACUGACGCUGAAGGUGAGGUGGCGGCUCUGAACAGACGCAUCCAGCUCGUGGAAGAGGAGCUGGAUCGGGCCCAAGAACGGCUGGCCACAGCCUUGCAGAAACUGGAGGAGGCUGAGAAAGCAGCGGAUGAGAGCGAGAGAGGAAUGAAGGUCAUUGAGAACAGAGCAAUGAAAGAUGAAGAGAAAAUGGAGAUUCAGGAAAUGCAGCUGAAGGAGGCGAAGCACAUUGCUGAAGAAGCCGACCGCAAAUACGAAGAGGUUGCCCGUAAACUGGUUAUUUUGGAAGGUGAACUGGAAAGAGCUGAAGAGCGUGCAGAGGUGUCCGAAGUUAAAUGCAGUGACCUCGAGGAGGAGUUAAAGAACGUCACCAACAACCUGAAGUCUUUGGAAGCUCAAUCUGAAAAGUACUCGGAAAAAGAAGAUAAAUACGAAGAAGAAAUCAAGAUUCUCUCUGACAAGCUCAAAGAAGCUGAAACUCGUGCUGAAUUUGCGGAGAGAACUGUCGCCAAACUGGAGAAGUCUAUCGACGACCUGGAAGACGAGCUCUACGCUCAGAAGCUGAAGUACAAAGCCAUCAGCGAGGAGCUUGACCAUGCCCUCAAUGACAUGACCUCCCUGUGA